UCCGCUGGGGUUGUUGUGGCGGAGACGAAAGAUGGCGGACGCCAAGCAGAGCGACUCCCGGCCGGGUAAAGGAAUGGGUAAGGAGACCCAGCCCCUCGUCAUAGCUAAGACCCCGGCUGAGGAGCAGCGGCUCAAGCUGGAAAGAUUAAUGCGAAAUCCCGACAAACCUGCCCCGAUCCCAGAGAGACCCAAGGAAUGGAAACCCCGAGCUGCCCCGGAGUUUGUGCGCGAUGUCAUGGGUUCCAGUGCUGGGGCAGGCAGUGGGGAGUUCCAUGUCUACAGACACCUCCGGCGCAGAGAAUACCAGAGACAGGACUUCCUGGACCGCAUGUCUGAAAAGCAAAAGCAGGACAUGGAAUAUCAGUGGAAGCUGGAACAAAACAGACACAUGGCAGAGGAGAGGACAGCGAAACGCAGGAAGAAAAGACAAAAGCUAAAGGAAAAGAAACAAAUGGCCAAGAAAGCUAAACUGGAGAAUGACAAAGAUGAAGACUCUGAAAAGACAUCCUCCAGCAGUGAUGAGGGGAACAAGGAGCAGGCAGGACAGGCUGAAGAUGAUGCUGAAGUCCCCAGCUUUGUAAUGGGAGGAAGGUGAAACACUGCACUUGUGCAAGGGGGGAUGAGGACUGGAUUUAUAACAUGCAGUGACAUUGAGACUCUUUAUUCAAGGAACAAAUAACGUGGUAACCAGAAAAAUGUGGAAUGGAAAAUGUGUGGAGGUUCAGAAACCCUGUUCAUAAAAUAUAAUUUCAAGUUUUCCUGUAUCUGGGGUAGUGGAAUAUGAGCUAGGGGGAUAUGCCAAUUUAAACCUACACUCAUUUAGAAAGGUCAUGUUGCUUUAAUGCUUUAAAAAAAUUAAGUUUUUGCUCGCAUGGAACUGGGAGGGCAGCACUGUCACAGUUAAUCUACCAGCAAGAAGGAAACAGUCCAAUUAAAUGUGUGAGAUGCAUCUUGUAGAUACAUGGGAAGUGGCUGCCAAUCAAACAUGAACAGUGACAGACUAAUUGGGCUAAUUGGUUAUUAUGAAGGAAUCUGAACAUUACUUAUUUUGGUAUUGAUGCACUGCAUACCAACAACACUUAGUCUUGCUGUGGUCCAGAUAGCCUAGCUUAAUGGAGGGUUUUCCUAAUAAAAUCACUUGUCCUUGGUUUUUCCUCCCCAAAUUGUAUAUAUAUUUUUAAAAUAAAGAUUUGUAAAAAAGUUUUUUAAA